AUGUUUCUCUGUCGUCGGCUCGUCCUCUCUUCCUUUCGUAGCUUCUCCUCCGUCGUCAAGAAAGAUCCUUCCUUGGAUUACCGACCACUGGCUUUACAAGCGCGAGUUGAUUUCCUGAUCCGCUUGGGAGACCUAGACACGGCGGCCAAGCACGCGCGCCUGUCUCGCGAAGUCUCGGCCCAACAUAAUGCUGAAUCCACAGUCACCAUCAACCAGACGUGCCAAGCAAUAAUAGGCGCCAUGUGCGAAGCCAAGAGGUACGAAGAUGCCUUGGACCUGUUCCAUUAUUUCUACCGCGUUUCCAAGAUUACACCUUGCUAUGGUUACUUUAAUCAUAUCAUCAAACUCCACGUGGAUCAAGGCCGUUUGAACGACGCUCUUAACCUCUACGACUCCUCACUGGCCAAUGAAGUUACGAAAUCCCUCAUCUCCAAAGGUUUGGUCGACGCCGGGAGACAAGACGAAGUCAUGGAUCGAUUAGAUCUGCCGAGAUGGAGAUGGUUUUCCAAUUUGGAUUGGAAUGCGAAUGUGUACAAGCAGCCCCUGUUGGAGGCGCUAUUGCGUCAAGGGGAUUUUGAAAUGGCCAAUGAGGUAUUGGGUGAUCUAUUAGGGAGCUCUCAUGUGCAUGGUGAUGGAUAUGACGUUGUUGCGAUUUUUAGCUACACAUACAUGAAGUAUUCGUUCGAGCAAGGUAAGGAGGACAAGGCUAUGCAUUGUUACAGUCUUUUGCAGUUGCGCAAACUUACGAAAGCCACUGUCGUCAACGCACUUUUGGCCCUUCUUCUCAAGUAUGGCAAGAAAACUGAAGCUUGGUCCUUAUUCGACCAGGUUUUGCAUAGCAAGGAGAUGGACAAUCUGAAUCAAUAUACGCUAAAUAUCGUGGUGAACGAGUGCUUCAAGAUUGGUCGGUUUGACCGCGCAAUCCAAAUUUUCCAAAAGGUGAAAGCAUUAAAGCUGAACAAGAACCCACAUGUUGUUACGUGUUACAGAAACAUUAUCACAAGGCUUAACAAGCAGGGCAUAUUGUUUGAGGCAGAGCACUUGUUUCAAGAAAUGUGUUCACACGAAUUGGUGAGUCCUGAUGUUUCUACAUACACAUCGAUGAUCGAUGCAUAUUUAAAAGCUGGGAGAACCGAGGAUGCUCUUCGACUCUCAAACAAGAUGGUUGAUGCAUUUGUAGGGCAGCUUGCUCGGCUCGCUUGCCUCUAA